AUGGCCCUAGGGGCAGGGUAUCGCGUGUCGACGACAUGGGGCUCACCAAUGUCAAUGCUAGGGAAUGUGGUCAUUCUAUUGCUCAUCGGAGUCGGUUGCGGGGCAUUACACCGAAUUUAUUUCCAUCCGCUGGCGAAGCAGCCCGGCCCGCUACUGGCGCGCCUGUCAUCUAUACCAAAUUGGUAUCAUGCGAAAAAGGGCGAUCGACAUGUCUGGCUAUACAGGCUGCACACUGAAUACGGCUCGGUGGUGCGGUUCACGCCCAAUUCUUUAUCCUUUAACACCGUCACGGCAAUGGAUUCGAUCUACAAGUCACGUAAGGCCAAUUUGAUCAAGUCCGACUGGUACCAAUGUGUGCGUGACUCGGCGGGAAAGUUUGAGAGCACCUUCACAGCAAGACAGAAGACGCGGCAUGCUGUGAAGCGUCGGUUACUGUCGCAUGCAUUCUCAGACAAGGCGUUGAAGGACUAUGAGCCUCGGAUAUGCGCGCUGAUCGACAAGUGGGUCGAGGCCAUCGAUGCGGAGGCAAAAUACGACCAGGGCAUGGUCGAUUUGGGCCAAUGGUCUGGCUACCUGAUCUUCGACGUCUUGGGUGACUUGGGAUUUGGAAACGCGUUUGGGUUCAUGGCGAACCAGGUGGACCGUUCGCUGAUUGGAUUGGUGGCGAAGGCUACCGGCGUGUGGUACUCGAUUGGAUAUCAUCCGUUCACCAAGUGGGUUCGGUAUAUCCUAUUUGAAACCCGAUUCGGGCACCUUGUGGGAGCGAGGACGAUUGAGGAUAAUAGUCGAUUUCGGUCCUUUUGCAUGGAGAAGCUGAUGAAGCGCCGAAAGUCUCAGGUCAUGACCGAGGGCAUUUUCGGAAAGGAAGUCAAGGACGACAUGUUCGGCCACCUGCUUGCAGGACGUGAUCCAGAGACCGGUGAAGCAUAUACGGUCGGUGACCUCGCCUGUGAAAGCGUGCUCCUCAUGGUUGCUGGGUCCCAGUCGACUGCUGGUGGACUCGCGGCCACGUUCUUCUAUUUGUCCCACUACCCCAACAAGCUGGCUCGGCUCCGAAAGGAGCUGCACUGUGCUUUUGCGAGCGAAGCCGCUAUCCGCUACGAUCCUGCAGGGACACUAGCGACGCUUCCAUUUCUGCGCGCCUGCAUCAAUGAGAGUCUACGGCUGUCGCCCCCGACGCCUGGACAUCUUCCCCGGGAGAUAGUAGGCGACGAUGGCAUGGUGAUCGACGGGUGGUGGCUGCCGCCGGGCACGAAUGUAGGCGUGAGCCCGUACACCAUUCAUCAUAAUGCACAGUAUUUCCGUGAUCCGUUCGAUUUCCAGCCUGAACGCUGGCUGACCGACAAAGAGGAUGAUGGGGCGGAGCAGCUAGCAUCUGCAUUCGCCCCGUUUAGUGCUGGAAUGACGGGCUGCAUUGGGAGACAGCUGGCCAUGAUGGAGCUGUGCUUAACGGUUGCACGGUUCCUUUGGCGGUUUGACCUUCGGGUUCAACCUGGCAGCGCCACGCUUCCAAUUGAGUAUGAAUUGAAGGACAGCUUCAUUGGCGAGGGAUCGGGGCCUCGUGUGCAGCUCAUUCCUUGUUCUCCUUAG